AUGGCCGCCUCAACCUUGUCUGUCUGUUCCAACGACCUGAGCUACGACAGCCGGAUCUGCCUGCCGGGGUCCUAUGACUCCUGCACCGGCUCCUCCUGGCAGGUGGACGACUGUCCAGAGAGCUGCUGCGAGCCCCCCUGCUGUGCCCCUAGCUGCUGCGCCCCGGCCCCCCGCCUGACCCUCCUCUGCGCCCCAGUGAGCUGCGAGUCCAGCCCCUGCUGCCAGCCAGCCUGCAGCAGCUCCUGCCUGGCCUCAUGCUGCCAGACGUCUAGCUGCCAGUCCUCCUAUUGCACCUCCUCCCCCUGCCCGCAGGCCUGCUGUGAGCCCGUCUGCUGUGAGCCCGUCUGCUGCAGGCCUGUCUGCCUCAGGCCCGUGUGCUGUGAGGCCUCCCCCUGCUCAGCCCCCUCCUCCUGCUGCAGACCCUCCUCCUCCGUGUCCCUCCUCUGCCGCCCCGUGUGCCGGCCCGCCUGCUGCAUCCCCGCCUCCUCCUGCCAGCCCAGCUGCUGCCGCCCGGCCUCCUCCGUGUCCCUGCUCUGCCGCCCCGUGUGCCGCCCUGCCUGUUGCAUCCCCGCCUCGGCCCUGGAGCCCUGCUGCUGA